AACCCUUUCUGCUUGAGAGCAGAACAGAACGACCAGAGCAAUACCGCAAAUUCAGGAAAACGUGCAGAGAGAAGCAUUGCGAAUAAGGCAUCUACAUUUUGUAUUCCUCAGGAUUCUUAAGGUCGCCAAACAUCGUAGUUUUACCCAACGGUUUCAGUAGCAGGUGUGCAUUAUCAUGGACGAGUUACAAGACGUACAGCUAACUGAGAUCAAGCCACUACUGACUGAAAAGAACGCUCAGAAUUUCCAGGACUUUGACUGCCAGGAACAUGACAUCGAGACCCCCCAUGGCGUCCUCCACGUCACCAUGAGAGGCACUCCCAAGGGGAACAAACCUGUCAUCCUCACCUACCACGACAUUGGGCUUAACCAUAAGUCUUGCUUCAACACGCUGUUCAACUUCGAGGACAUGCAGGAGAUCACCCAGCACUUCGCUGUGGUUCACGUGGACUCCCCCGGGCAGCAGGAGGGAGCCCCUCCUUUCCCUGCUGGGUACCAGUACCCUACCAUGGAUGAGUUAGCUGAGAUGCUGCCUUCUGUCUUAAACCACCUGAACCUGAGCACUAUCCUUGGGAUUGGAGUCGGAGCCGGGGCCUAUAUUUUAAGCAGACUUGCAUUGAAUCGGCCUGAGCUGGUGGAGGGGCUGGUGCUGAUCAACGUGGACCCCUGCGCAAAGGGCUGGAUCGACUGGGCCGCUUCAAAGCUGACAGGCUGGACGAGCACCCUGGUGGACACUGUGAUGGCUCAUCACUUCAGCAGUCAAGAACUUCAAGACAAUCUGGAACUGAUCCAGACAUAUCGGCUUCACAUCGCCCAGGACAUUAACCAGGACAAUCUGUAUCUCUUCGUCUCUUCCUACAACAGCCGCAGAGAUCUCGAGAUCGAAAGACCUGUCCCUGGACUCAAUGAAGAUACAGUGAACACACUCAAGUGCCCUGCUUUACUGGUAGUUGGAGACACCUCUGCUGCAGUAGAAGCUGUGGUGGAGUGCAAUUCCAGACUAAACCCAACAAAGACAACUCUACUGAAGAUGGCAGACUGUGGUGGGUUACCUCAGGUUGUCCAGCCUGGAAAGCUGGCAGAAGCCUUCAAGUACUUUGUGCAGGGAAUGGGCUACAUCCCUUACGUUCAGCUCAGCCACUUGAACAGCGAAUCAGUGCCCACCGUGAGCAUGACGCGUCUGAACCGAUCACGCACCCACUCCUUGUCGAGCGCGGGCUCAGGGGAGGGAACUCGCAGGAGCUCACACACCAACAGCCAGCUGGAGGGAGCGGCUGCCGCAGUCAGCAACAGUAGCCAGGCCCAGACCAUGGAGGUGUCCUGUUAAACACAGAGCCCUGCACUACCGGCCAGCACUCCACCCCCAUCCCAUCUCCACUUCUGCAACCGUUAUAAAUAUAUAUUACAGAAUGUAAAGGUUGCAGUUCAAGAGCUUACAACCCUCCACAAUGUACAGCUUCCUGUUUUCUCGUUAAGUAUGCAUGCUUCUGGGAGCACUUCCCCAACACAUCUUUUUUUUUAUUUAUUUUUUUGUCGUUGUUUUUUUUUCGGUGUUUUGACUUUUAUUUCUGCAAGGAAAAAAGAGUAAGCGGGUUUGUGUGAAUUAUCAGAAUGAGAUUCCUGAGACCUACAUGAUUUAAAUUUCUGCAUUUACACAUUUACAAAAUAAAAAAAAAAAGCUGUUGCUUUAUCUUUUUCACUAUCUUCAGUCAAAAUAGACUCCCUGCUUUUCUCAAAUGCACUGUUUUUUUUUUUUUUUUGUUGUGGUUUUGUGAAUUAAAUAAUUGCUUCCUUCAAUUGCAAAAAUAUAGUGUGAAAAUGGUGUUCUAGUACUGUAUAUUUUUACGCAGCAUUUAGUACAUUGAUGUAAGUAAGAGCAAAUUGCUGGGAUUGUAUGUAAACAGAUUCUUGUAGCUGUCUCAGUUUAUGAUUUUUGAUGUUUUAAAAGCACUAGUCAGGAACAAUAAAAAUAAAUAAAAGA